CUAACCCCGCCUACACCGGAAGUCUCAAGAAAACAAAUUUGAGAUCAGGGUUCGGGGGGAGUAAUCGUGACAUCAUCAGCCAGCUGAAGGAGCUCAUGCCAGACAACAACGACGACGAGAACCGGAGUGAAUACUUAUAAAUAAUGCAACCUGGUAUGGUAAGAGGUACAGUGGGCGGUGUGAUAAAUUAUUGCAACAGAGUUGUACCCAUCUCGUGUUGCGCUGCUAAGGCAAUAAUGUCACGCAGACUGCAUGCUCGCAGACUUGAUGGAAUCGACAAAAAUAUAUGGGUUGAAUUCACCCAACUGGCGGCAGACUAUAAACCUGUAAACCUUGGACAAGGGUUUCCAGAUUUCUCUCCUCCUGCUUUCAUCCAAGAGGCUUUUUGCAAAGCAGUCAGCGGGGAUUGCUCCAUGCAUCAGUACACACGGGCCUUUGGGCAUCCACACUUGGUCAAAAACCUGGCAAAGUUCUUUGGCAGAGUUAUGGACAGAGACGUGGACCCAUUUGAAGACAUCUUGGUGACCGUGGGAGCUUACCAGGCACUGUUCUGCACCUUUCAGGCUUUGAUAGAUGAAGGAGACGAGGUUAUUGUAAUUGAGCCAUUUUUCGACUGCUACCAGCCAAUGGUGAAAAUGGCUGGAGGAACUACUGUUUAUGUGCCAUUAAGACCUAAAACAAAUGACGGCAAGGCUUUGUCCAGUGCUGACUGGGUUUUGAAUGCAGAGGAGUUGGAAAGUAAAUUCACCCCACGUACCAAAGCUCUAGUUUUCAACACACCAAACAAUCCACUGGGGAAGGUGUUUCAGAGAGAAGAGCUAAAGGUCAUUGCAGACCUUUGUGUGAAGCAUGAUGUAAUCUGCAUCAGUGAUGAAGUGUACGAGUGGCUUACCUAUGAUGGAAACAAGCAUGUCAAGAUAGCCAGCCUUCCUGGAAUGUGGGAAAGAACAGUCACCAUCGGUAGCGCGGGGAAGACUUUCAGUGCCACAGGGUGGAAGGUGGGUUGGGCAAUGGGAUCAGGCCACAUCCUGAAACACCUGAAGACAGUCCAUCAGAAUUCAGUUUACCACUGUGCCACAGCUGCACAGGAGGCGGUGGCCGCAGGCUUCCAGAGGGAGUACGAGUGUUUCGGCAAAGAGGACAGCUACUUCCUGCAGCUUCCUGCCACCCUCCACCAUAAGCGCCUCAGGCUGGCCAAGUGUCUGCAGAGCGUGGGGCUGCAGCCCAUCCUGCCACAGGGAGGAUACUUCAUGAUCGCAGACGUCUCCUCUCUCAAGGUUGACCUGACUGAUCCCACCACAGCGGGCGAGCCAUAUGACUACCGCAUCGUUAAGUGGCUUAUUAAGGAGAAGGGUUUGGCUACGAUUCCCGUCUCAGCCUUCUUUAGCCCUGAACAUCAGAAGGACUUCCAGAAUUACAUCCGAUUCUGCUUUGUCAAGGAGGACUCAACACUCAAAGCAGCUGAGGACAUCAUUCAGCAGUGGAGUGAAAAGAAAUGAUCUUUCUCGCCAGUUUUUGUAGACAAGUAUUUUUGCCAGAGCCAGCUAAGCACUCUGUUCAUUUUUGUUUCUUAAAAUGUUGUUAAUGUUAGUUUGUCUUUAUUUUUUUUUUGAAAUGUUUUAAUGACCUCAAAUGUGUGACACGGCCAAGGUCAGCUUGCCUUGGCCCUGUAUAAGGCAUGCAAUGGUUAAACACAGCCUUCUUCAGAUCUCUCUGUCUAUGCAACUUUGAACCUCAUGUCAUGUAUUUUGAAAAAAAUAAAUGUUUUUUUGUGGAUAUUACAUUUAAAAUGUAUCCUCGACCUGCUCUACUUCCCAUCAUACUGCACAAAAUUGCUGAUUGUCAUGGAAGACGACUUUGUAGGUAUGCUGUAUGUUGUAUACACAUACUGUAUUUGUACACAUGUAUAAUGACAAUUGCACAGAAAUAAAUAAUUAACAUUUUAA